AUGAGAGCUGUCUGUCUAGUUCUUAUGCUUUCCAUCGGAGUCCUCUCCCAUACUCAGUCCUUUGACAAUGCCAAAGACUUCCUGGAAGGUGCUUACCUUUCAUUCACAGGUGAACCAUUAGAAAACCCAAGCUGCCUUGAUGAAGAAACCCAAAACAGCCUCCACGACACCUUAGACAACCUUUUGUACGAUUUCGCUCAAGACGAGCCACUCCACGUCUUCUUCAACCACGUGCUUCUUGCUCUUCCAGAACUGUCAUCCGUCUUCGAGAACUGCGGAAUUGCAACUUUUGUCAACACCAUUGCAGAAAGCAUUGAAGCUAAUGGAGAAGAGCUUUUCGCAAGAGUUUCCCAAGAAUAUACCACCAUCAAAGCAAUUCAUGCUGAUAUGCAAAGCCAACUUGCAGCUGGAGAGUUUAAACUUGCUGGAGAACAAUUCGGAAAUAUGAUGAAACUCAUGAUCCCAAUUGGAGAAUUCCAGCUUCAACAAAGCAACCUUUACUCAUUUUCAGGAAACCUUACCUUAUUCCUCGAAGGUAUGGCAAUGGGAUUCCAAGCAAAAUCAACCCCACUCAGCAAAUGCUACAAUACCACCACAAUGAUAGUCCCAUCAUUCCAUAACGCUCUUGCCCAAAUCAAGAAAUGCAGCCACCUGAACUUCACAGCCUGUAAUGUUGUUCCAGCUUACUUGACCAUCUUCAAUACCGCUGUGUCCAGCAUUUAUAAUGACUGCAAGAUCCAAUUACUUAUUACUGACAUUAAGGACCUCAAGCAGCCAGAGUACUUCUCACAGGUGCUUUUCACCUUCUUUACCAAGAAAGUUGAUAUAGAAAAUCACUUCAAUGCAAUGAUUCAAGCUAUUGAGCAGAAGAACUCUUAUCAAGCUGGGUUCGAUCUUGCUUAUAUCUUCAAGGUGUUAUUGAAGUUCUCUAUUUCAUAA